AUAUAGUGCAACCGCGUGUUCGCGUAUUAAGUGUGGGUGAGUCUAUUGUUUCUUACUUAUUUCUCAUUUAAGUUUCCCAAUGUAUUUUCUUAUGUAUACUAGAAGCUAAAAUUUUGUGUAUAUUUUAGUAUCAGUAUCAGGCAUAAAUAAGUUUGGACGUCCAGUGAUUCAGUCUACAGGUUGAGGCCCGUCCAGACAGAGUUAGGCCUACAAGUUGUAUUUCUCGAGUAAUACUAAUUCAAGUAAUUGUGAAGUGGUCGGUGCUAUCGUUAAUACUACAGACAUUAAAGCUGUACUGUAGAGGUCAGCUAAGUCCAAGCAAUUAGUGUUUAAUAUUUCACGAUGGUUAAAGAAGUUAUAACAGCUAAAUGUGAACAAGACUUUAUUAUAGAAAGUGUAAAAGCAGAUAAAAGAAUUGAUGGAAGGGAACUAAAUGAGAGUCGUGUAAUGCAUAUAACUUUUGGGAAAACUAGAGGUUGUGUGUUGUGCACGUUGGGGAACACAAGAGUGUUAUCGCAAGUUUCAUGUGAAAUGUCUAUGCCUAAAGCUGCCCACCCAACAGAAGGUUCAAUUCAUAUUAACGUUGAAUUGUCCCCAAUGGCUUCCCCAGUGUUUGAAGCUGGCAGAUCUUCAGAUCUUGGAAUAGAACUUACCAGAGUCCUCGAGAAAUGCAUUAGAGACUCCCACUGUGUUGAUUUGGAAGCUUUGUGUAUAGUGGCUGGUGAGAAGGUGUGGAGUUUACGUGUUGAUGUUCACGUGAUGAACCAUGAUGGAAACUUGGCAGAAUGUGCAGCUAUUUCAGCAGUGUCUUCUCUGCAUCACUUUAGACGACCAGAAGUUACAGUUGCAGGUGCCGAUGUUACAGUUCACUCGGUGGAAGAACAUGAUCCUAUUCCUCUCAGCCUCCAUCAUAUUCCAGUAUGUGUCACCUUUGCUUUGUUUAAUAGCGGUCAGCAAGUUAUUGCUGAUCCAACGGAAGCAGAAGAGCUGGCUUCUGAAGGCCGAGUGGUAGUAGGAGUAAAUGCUCACCAGGAGAUAUGUAUGAUGCAUAUUAGUGGCUGCACACCAUUGCAGAAAGAGCAGGUUCAAAGAUUUGUUGAACUUGCAGUGAACAGAGCAAAAUAUGUCACAGAAUCCAUCAAAACAAAUUUGCAGCACGAUGAACAGAACAGGUCUUCAAAGAAUCUCGUGGGGUUUGCUAAAGAUCUUCAGACUGACAAGAUCCUUGCUGUACAAAUUAGACCACAAAGAGUUUUCGUUCCUCCACCUCAAGUCAGUACUGAAGAGACUGUUUCUACUGAUAAGGAGGUAGAAAUGACAGAUGAAAUUUCACCACCAGAGAAGGAAGUGAAAGUUUUACUCUAUGGACCAAAGACAGCUGGGAUCGGAGAAGGUGGAGCCUCUCAAUGGGAAACAGUAGAUCUAUCUAUUGAAGAUAACAUUACAACAUCAGUAGAAAAAAAUAUUGAUUUGUCUUAUGAUGAUGAGAGUGAGGAGGAGGUAGUAACUCUUGGAGCAGAAGACCUUCAGAUAGAAUCCCGGGAAUCAGACAAAAAUGAUAAAGCUAAACAAAGACUAAGCCGUGGGUGGUAUGCUAAAGAUGCAUUCUUUGGAGGAUGGUGAAUCAUCUAGUUUUCCUUAUAUGGUUUGUAAAUUUUUCAAUAAAGAGUUUUAUAAACAGGUA